AUGUGCAGACUUGCAGAUAUGCAGACGUGCAGACAUGCAGACGUGCAGGUAUGCAGAUUGCAGAUGGGCAGGGCCCGGGCCAUCCGCAUCCCGGCCCCGCGUCCUGCGUUCUGCGCUGCGACCCUAGUCCCUCCCGCCCUGCGCUCCCUGAGGUCGGGAAGUUUGCGGGUCCAGGAGGCCGCGUUCCUCGCAGAGGUGGAAGGCUUUGACGUGGGAGCACGCUUUUCCCUUCGGCGGGCAUCCUGUGAAGGGGGGAAGUCCUGCUUCAGACUGGGGCGUGCACUACUGAUUAGAGAGACCUUUAAGGUAUUUCCAGAAGGCCUCCCGGAGGAAUAUGCUGUAGCAGCCGUGUUUCGUGUGCGGAGAAAUACCAGGAAAGAGCGGUGGUUCCUCUGGCAGAUUUUAAACCAGCAGAAUGUGCCACAGAUUUCCAUCACAGUUGAUGGAGGGAAGAAGGUGCUAGAAUUUAUGUUUCGAGCUGCUGAAGGAGAUACGUUGAACUACGUGUUUAAGAACCGGGAACUCCGCCCUCUGUUUGACCGCCAGUGGCACAAGCUGGGCAUCAGUGUGCAGCCCCGUACCAUCUCUGUCUACGUGGAUUGCAGCCUGGUUGCAAGCCGCCAGACCAGUGUCCAAGCCACCACGGACCCGCGAGGAAGGACAGCCAUUGCCUCCCGGGCUUCGGACGGCAGACCUGUGGAUAUAGAACUUCACCAACUUGUAAUCCACUGCGACACAGACUUCUUAGCUCGAGACCUGUGCUGCAGGGACCCGGCUGCAUGCUCAGAGCAGGCAGAAUUUGGAAAUCCUGUUGCAUCAUCCGUAAUGGCUCAUGCUGGCAAGAGUCCUCCAAAUCUGCUGAAGCAGGAACUGAGAAACCUGUGCCACUGUGUGCCAGAGCAGGGAGAAGCAGGAUUGCCAGCACCUACGGGUUCACCUGGGCAGAAAGGGGAGAAAGGAGAGCCGGGUGAAAAUGGUUUACGUGGUGUUCCCGGCUUACCUGGACAAAAGGGUGAACUUGGAGCAAAAGGAGACCCAGGUGUGCCUGGCUUUAAUGGACAAGAAGGUUCCAAAGGUGAUGUGGGUCCUGUCGGCCCACCUGGACCUAAAGGAGAAAAGGGUGACAUGGGACCCCCAGGACUCCCAGCCUUAACUGUUUCCGAGGGGCUUCGAGGCCCCCAAGGCCCCCCUGGGGAAGAAGGUCAGAGGGGAAGACGAGGCAAAACAGGACCCCCGGGAAAGCCGGGACCCCCAGGACCCCCCGGACCUCCUGGUUUACAAGGAAUACAGCAGACUUUUGGCAGCUAUUUUAACAAGGGGGCGCCUGGGGCAGACGGGUCCCCAGGGAUGAAGGGAGAACUGGGAGACACGGGUCCACCCGGCUGGCCGGGGAGCCCAGGACUGAAGGGUGAGCAAGGACCACCCGGACCAAUGGGGCCGCAAGGACCGCGGGGAGACGUCGGAUUGCUGGGGGAGCCGGGGACUCCAGGAAAGCAAGGCGAUAAAGGAGAGAAGGGGGAUGCAGGUGGUGCCACAGGCCCCCCAGGACUCCCAGGCCCAAAAGGCGAGGCCGGCCCUCCAGGGAGAAGCCUGCUCGGGGAACCGGGGUUAGAUGGACGGCCUGGCGUGCCUGGACCCCGAGGCCCAAAGGGCGAGCGAGGGCUUCCCGGGAUCCAUGGCUCCCCAGGGGACGUGGGGCCCCCAGGGGUAGGAAUUCCCGGCAGAAUGGGCUCCCCGGGACCAGCCGGAGAGCCAGGUGUUCAGGGCCCACGAGGUCUCCCUGGGCUGCCAGGAGCCCCCGGGAAUCACGGAGCUCCGGGGAGAGACGGGAACCCAGGCCCCCCGGGCCCACCAGGAGAGCCGGUUGCACUGCCUCUCCUGGGAGAUGUCGGCGCCUUGCUCAAGGUAUUCUGGAACUAUGGAAGAAGUAACUUCUGUGGCAACUGCCAAGCCACUGUCCCUGCCGGGGAGCCUGGACAGUAUGAGUCUGUGGCCGGGAAGGGUGACAUGGGGCCACGUGGGCCUCCUGGGAUCCCGGGAAGGGAGGGACCACAGGGAAGCAAAGGAGAGCGGGGUUACCCUGGAGCACCUGGGGAGAAAGGCGAUGAGGGUCUCCAAGGAAGCCCGGGCACCCCUGGCACGCCAGGCCCAGCCGGGCCUCCUGGCUCGUCGGGGAGGAGCGGACACCCGGGGCCCAAGGGCGCCAAGGGAAGCGAGGGCCCCCCUGGGAUUCCUGGACCUCCCGGACCUCCUGGACCACCUGGUGUGUACUUCAGCGACAGCAACGGCAUGGGCAGCUUGUAUAAAAUCCAGGGAGGCGUGAAUGUUCCCAGUUUUCCAGGACCACCUGGCCCCCCGGGUCCAAAAGGGGAUCUUGGCCCAGUGGGAGAGCCUGGUGCCAUGGGGUUGCCAGGACUGGAAGGAUUUCCAGGUGCAAAGGGAGAUCGAGGCCCAGCUGGGCCACCAGGAACAGCCGGGGCAUCGGGAAAGCCCGGCCGUCCAGGUCCACCAGGAGCCCCCGGCGAGCCGGGCCAGAGAGGACCCAUGGGAGAUGUGGGCUUCCCUGGACCGGAGGGGCCCGUGGGAAAGCCGGGAAUGAAUGGAAAAGAUGGAUUACCAGGGGCUCAGGGCAUCACAGGAAAGCCUGGAGACAGAGGUCCCAAAGGAGAGCGUGGUGACCAAGGAAUCCCAGGAGACAGAGGGCCCCAAGGCGAGCAGGGAAAGCCAGGCCUUGCAGGCACAAAGGGGGCUCUGGGCCCUGUGGGGCCUCCAGGAGACAAGGGCUCUGCCGGACCUCCAGGCCACCGCGGCCCCCCUGGCUCCCCCGGCACUCCGGCUGAUGCUGUUUCAUUUGAAGAAAUAAAAAAGUAUGUCCAUCAAGAGGUCCUGAGGGUUUUUGAAGAGAGGAUGGCUGUGAUCCUGUCUCAGCUCCAGCAGCCGGCAGCGAUGUUGGCCGGGCAUGCCCAUGGGAGGCCCGGCCCUCCAGGGAAGGACGGGCUACCCGGGCCCCCAGGAGACCCCGGACCCCAGGGCUACCGAGGACAGAAGGGUGAAAGAGGUGAACCUGGAAUUGGGCUGCCAGGGAGCCCUGGGCUUCCAGGUUCCUCAGCUCUGGGUCAGCCAGGUUUACCAGGUGCCCCAGGCCCCCAGGGCCCGCCAGGACCCAGCGGGCGAUGUAGCCCAGAAGACUGCCUCUCCCCUGCACGGAAGACCCCACCUGGACAGGCCGGACAUGGACACACCUAA